ACACCACUUCUUCAGUGCUGCUGCUGCUGUCACUUUUGUUUUGAAUUUGUAUUUCAUAACCUCACUUUGAUUUGUUUAAAAAUUGUCUAAAUUCUACCGAAAAUAAAACCUAAGCUGCUAUGGCUGAUACAAGUAUUUGGAAAGAGCUAGAAGAACACGACCUUAAUGGAUAUACGCUAGUAAUUCCUAGCGUUGCAGUCGGAAACGUUGGCCAGCUAGCCUGUGACUUGCUGAUUUCUUCACUAUCCAUGAAAAAAAUAGCAUCGGUUUACAGUGAAGCGUUUAUACCUGUCGUAGGAUACGAUCCAUAUGACCUGAGAUCUGAUAGAAUAUCCAGUUGCUGUGAAGUGUUCGCAUCGAAUGAGAAACGUUUAGUAUUAAUGCAGUUAAGAGCUCCUUUAGUUUACAAAUAUGCCGAGUCAUUCCUGCUUGCAGUGGUCAGGAAAUUCAAAGAGAAGGCCAUAAAGGAUAUUGUGAUCUUGACAAGUAGCUUUGCGCAUGAGAAGAAGCAUAUCCAGUCUUCAGCUUUCAGAUAUGUUUCAAGUGCCUUGUCUCCUCACAAAGAUUUGAUACAGUCACUCAAUUGGGUUUCACAUACUAAUGAAGACAAUAACUUGAGGAUACAUGGCGGUGGUUUUGCUACAUUGCUGUAUAAGUUGGCUGAGGAUGAGUCAGUGCCCUGCCUGGUGCUGUACAAGUACUGUUCUGAAGGAGAUAACAUUCCUGAUGCAUAUGAUACAGUAUGCUGCCUCAAUACAGUAAUACCUUUGUUCAGAAAGGAAGAAGAUCUACAGUCCCAGAUUAUUCAGCCUGUCUCUUGGAAGUUAUUGUUUGGGAAACCACCUCCCCAAGAUAUUUAUUGAUACUUUUAUUGUUUAAUUUUUUAAAUAAAUAUUUUUUAAAAUA